GCUAGAUAGUAUCAAAGUGACUCUUGCUUCCAUCUAUGCAUAACUGCAUUUGCAGUAGUGCUUAGUCCCUUUAUGCAUGUUCUUUUUACACUGGUGAUAGACCACUACUGACACUCUCUCUUGGCAUUUGUGCAAGUGGGCUGGGCUGAGCUGACUCAUGAAGCAGCAGAGUAAUUAAGUUGCUCUACUAUUGUUCACAAGAUCAAGUAGCAUUUUACUAGCAAUGAGGCAGCUGUGGUGUUUAAGAGCCCUAGCUGGAUUUGCAGUUCUCAUUUCUGUAGUAAGUACAGCCACAGGGAGCUCAUGCAUGCCUGGCUUUAAUCCAGAUUGCACUGACAUCAAUGAAUGUGCUACUAAUAAUGGAGGAUGCCAGCAUACCUGUACUAACACUAAUGGUAGCUAUUACUGCUCGUGCAAUUAUGGCUACAUGAUAGACAGCUCUGAUCACCACCAUUGCAAUGAUGUGGAUGAGUGCAGUAUGGGAUAUCACUCUUGUGAUAGCUCUGAUAGAUGCAUCAAUGUUAACGGAACAUAUAACUGCUCUUGCUUGCCAGGCUAUCACAUCACUGACAAUGGAAAAUCCUGUGUGGAUUCCAAUGAAUGCAACACAAAUAAUGGUGGCUGUGAUCAUAUUUGCAUUAAUGCUGAUGGGAGCUAUCAGUGCUUGUGUGGAACUGGAUUUGACAUAGGCUCUGAUGGAAGAAACUGUUAUGAUAAAGAUGAGUGUAAUCUUGGGGACACUGUUAAUAUUUGUGCUCAAAAUUGCUUAAACAUUAUCGGUAGCUUUCUCUGCUCCUGCAGAACUGGAUAUCAAUUGGAUAAUAAUGGAAUCACCUGCUCUGAUAUCAACGAAUGUUUAGUUAACAAUGGAGGCUGCGAUCAUAAAUGCAGGAAUGAGAUUGGGUCGUACACUUGUGAAUGCAAUUCUGGUUAUAUGCUCAAUAGCAAUCAACAUGGCUGCUCUGAUGUGAAUGAAUGUGAAUUGAACAAUGGGAACUGCACAGAAAUGUGUGUCAAUACCCCAGGAAACUUUACUUGUAGCUUAUAUGUAACUACAACAACUGAUCUAACUCUCCUGUACUACAUACUGCCUAUAUCAGUUGUCAUAAUUGGUAUACUCUUGGUUAUCAUUAUUGUUCUUCUGGUUGUUAACAAGAGGAGAAAGAUGCAAGAGUAUGAAGCGACUGGUGAGAACUUUAACAAUGAUAAAACACUCUCCGGAGAGAUUGCCAAUCCUACUAAGUCUGUGUAUUAUAACAGCAAGCAUCCUCAGGCAACACUGGUGUCUUAAGUUAUUAUAUUUGUGCAAAACUUAGCACAUGCAAUUCUUUUGUAGCUAUUAAUCUAAAAUACUUUGUAAUUUAUAAUUCAUUUAUUUAUUUUUAUACCAUGA